AGUGCUCUUGCUUUAGUCUCCGCCUCUGCCAGCACCACCGCGGAUGACGUCGAACAACAAAGAUGGCGGGAGGAAACAGCAACUACUGGGAAGACCUGCGGAAGCAGGCGAGGCAGCUGGAGAACGAGCUGGACCUGAAGCUGGUGUCCUUCAGUAAGCUGUGCACCAGUUACAGCAGUUCUCGGGACGGCCGUAGAGGAGACAGUAGUUCAGAUACAACGCCUCUGCUCCCCAACUCCACUCAAGACAGAAUGUUUGAGACCAUGUCAGUGGAGAUUGAGCAGCUACUUGCGAAACUUACGGGGGUGAAUGACAAGAUGGCUGAGUAUACAAGCACACCAGGAGUAACGUCUCUGAACGCUGCUCUAAUGCACACUCUCCAGAGGCACAGAGACAUCCUACAGGACUACACACAUGAAUUUCAUAAAACCAAAUCAAACUUCAUGGCAAUCAGGGAGAGAGAGGAUCUUCUGGGAUCUGUGAGAAAAGACAUUGAGACAUAUAAGAGUGGCUCGGGAGUGAAUAACAGGCGGACAGAGCUCUUCCUGAAAGAACACGAGCACCUGAGAAACUCAGAUCGGCUUAUUGAUGACACAAUAAGCAUUGCCAUGGCAACCAAGGAGAACAUGACCUCCCAGCGAGGAUUUUUGAAGUCUAUACAGAGCAGGGUCAACACCCUGGCCAACCGUUUCCCUGCCAUCAAUAACCUAAUACAGCGGAUCAACUUGAGGAAGAGAAGGGACUCAUUAAUUCUGGGAGGAGUCAUCGGCAUCUGCACCAUCCUUCUGCUGCUAUAUGCUUUUCACUGACGGACAGGGGAGCUAACCGACUUCUUUUGGGGGGAGUUCUGCAGAGCAGUGGCGAAGCCUUGAGAAAGGGCUCAAUGAGAGGAGGACCAUUGGGGCCACAAAACAGAAGCCCACCUGGCCUAGUCUGGUAACAGGAUUGAUUGUAGCCAGCAUGGACCUUAUUUGUAUUUAGCAUUGGGAGGGGUUUAGCUCUAACAGCCUUUUUUUGUUUCUAUACUACAAACAAUGCGCUGUUCAGAUGUGAACUGGGACUGGAGACCAAAUUACUAA